CAAACAUGAAUACACUACAAAGAUACAUCUAAAUCGAACCCAAACCAAAUAUACAUACAAAUUUACAAACAUUUAAUUAGAAGAUAGAAAAGGGCUUAUACCUUAAAGUUGAACCAAAUUAGCUUAAAAUCAGUAGAGAGCUUGAACCCAAAUCCCUUGUAAACCCUAAUUAACCCAACUGCUCUGUUCUAAAUCCUAAUUGAACCAUAAUCUCCACUUCUUUGCUCAAACCUUUUGCUGGAACCAGUCAACUUGUAGCCGCUCUAAACAACCUCUUAGGCCCCGUUUGGUUCAUGGGGAUGGGGAAUCAGGUAUGGGGUUACUUCAUUCUAAACCCAUACCUUAUGUUUGGUUGGGCUUUUUUAAAUUUUAAAACCGAUUCCUCAUACCCCCAAAAUCUAGGUUUUCAAACCCUUGGGGGGAGGUGGGUAUGGGCCAGUCCUUAUCAUCCUUGUAUAAGAUUAUACACGCGGGUUUCAUAACGCUUUCAUCUCCUCUUCUCUGCUCUCUUCACGCUGCCGCCAGAUUACAGAAUGGACCAAUGUGGAUUGUCCUUAACAAAGAGGAGGAGGAGGAGGAGCCAAAAUGAACUACUUGUGCCUUUACUGGUUAUUAUAAAUAUUGCAUUUAUCAUGUACUUGGUGUUACGUACUCUAGGUAUAAGUGUGCAUAGUAUACACCGAAUGAGGGAUAAAAAAUGUCGUAGACAUGAUAACUUAAAUGCAUUAAUCAAUGAUGGUGACAUUGCUUGUAAGAAUGAAUUACGUAUGAAUAGGAAAACCUUUUAUACACUUUGUGAGAUGGUUAAGGACAUAGGUGGACUAAGAGGGACUUGAAAUAUGAGUGUGGAAGAGAUUUUAGCUAUGUUCCUGUAUACAUUGGCUCAUCAUCAAAAAAACAGGACAAUAGGAAAAUAUUUUCACAGAAGUGGAGAAAGUGUCAGCAGACAAUUCAAUCUUUGCCUCCUGGCGGUUUUAAAGUUGCAUAAUCAUUUACUAAAAAAGCCCAUUCCCAUAACAGAAGAUUGUGAUUCUGAUAAAUGGAAGUGUUUCGAGAACUGUUUAGGAGCCUUAGAUGGAACAUUUGUUAGUGUUCAUGUGACAAAUGAGGAGAGGGCACGUUAUCGAACAAGAAAAGAGAACCUUGCAAUGAAUGUAUUAGGUGUAUGCACACCCAAUAUGGAAUUUUUGUUUGUAUUGCCUGGUUGGGAAGGUUCUGCACAUGAUGGUCGUGUUUUAAGAGAUGCACUUUCUAGGCCUAAUGGUUUGAAGGUGCCUCAAGGUUGUUACUACUUGGUAGAUACUGGUUACACUAACUGUGAGGGGUUUUUAGCACCUUAUAGAGGUCAUUGUUAUCAUCUGAAAGAGUGGGGAGAUCAUCAACCAUUAAGUGCAGAGGAAUAUUUUAAUAUGAAACAUUCUCGAGCAAGAAAUGUAAUUGAAAGAAGUUUUGGCUUGCUGAAGGGAAGGUGGGGGAUUUUAAGAAGUCCUUCAUUUUAUCCAGUCCGCACCCGAGCUCGUAUAGUGUCGGCAUGUGUUUUAUUCAGGAUGGAUGCAAAUAGUCAGAUUUCUACUAUUGGAAGAGGGAAAAAUAAGCGUGUUUGGAAAAAAGAGGAAGAAGAAGCUUUAAUUAAAUGUUUGUUAGAUUUGAGUGCUGACCGACAAUGGAAAGGUGAGGGAGGAUUUAAGAAUGGCUAUUUAAGUCAUUUGGAGGUAAUGUUAAACACUAAGUUUCCUGGUUGUCGGUUAAAAGCUAUACCACAUAUUGAGUCAAAAUUUAAAUGGUUCAAAGACAAGUAUGCUGUUGUUUCUGAAAUGGUAAACAAAACAUCCGGCUUUCAGUGGGAUGAUCAGACAAAAAUGAUACAAUGUGAGAAACAAGCUUAUGAUGAUUUUUGCAAGAAUCAUCCUAAAGCUGGAGGGCUGUGGAGGACUCCAUUUCCUUAUCUUGAUAAGCUAGAUAUUAUCUUUGGUAUUGAUCGAGCAAAUGGAAUGGCUUCUGAGUUGCCGGAAGGCUCUGUCAACAAUCUUGAGGACAUCGUUAACCUUGCGAAUGAUGAAAGUGAUGAUGAUAGUCUACCACAACUUCCAGUAAAUAAAGAAAGAAAAGAAAGAAAAAACCCCAAAAGGAACGGAGAAGAAAAAAUCUGCUCAAAUCAUAGAUUUAACUUCUAAUCAUAUGGCUACCGAAUUCUCAGGAUUUAUGAAAUGAAUGAGCAAUCACUUAUCAACCAUUGCGAAUGCCAUGAGUUCUAUAGAGAAUCGUGAAUCAGAGGCUGAUAAAAAAAAAGAAAAAUUUACUUCCUGAGAUAGCUAGCUUGCCUGGUAUCACCAAACCAGAAGCAAUCAGGGUUGCUUGUUUGUUUUCCGCAAAUCCAAAUCAAAUGGAUGUUUUCUUUUCGAGCUCUGAUGAUGAAUGGAAGAAGGAAGUGGUGCUUGAUAUAUUGUAUUCUAACUAGCUUUAUAGCCCGUGCGAGGCACGGGCAUGCUCUAAUUUCAUUUCUUUUAAGGUUUUUUUCCCAGGUUAGAAAAUUACAUAUAUGUUGGAUUGUACCAAGUUCGAAAAUAUAUAGCCACUUCUGUAACCUGCAAACUCUCAUAGGCUUCCACAGAAACACAGAUGAAUAAAGUA